CAGUCAGUCAGUGCAGUUUCCAGUCACAAGUUUUGAGCGGACGUGACUGCACGUGCCUUGCUGACUCUGGUCUUUGAGUGAGGGCAGGGAGCGGCAAACACAACAGAGCUUUGUCUUGAGGAGUCAGAACUGGAGUGUGGGCAGUGUGUCUCUGAGGACGUGAGUCUAGUUGUUCUCCAGGCGGACGAUCAGUCUCGGUGAACAAGGCUCAGUGGCGGAAUUCAGGCAUCUCGUUGGGUCUGACCAGGAGGAGGACGAGGAAAGCGAGAUACUUCAGUGGAAGGAAUCAGAUGUACCUUGCAUUAACACAUCUUACAAAACAAUAGCAGCUAUGUGUGCAGCGGUUGUAGUCCUGUGUCUACUGGUGGCAGGAUUGGCAUAUCUGUCGGGGACAUCAGGGUGCACCUUUGUAGAUGUACAAACAGAAUGUGGAAGGGUGCGUGGGCAUCACUGUGGGCAGGUGUAUUUAUUUAAAGGUAUCCCUUAUGCUAGCCCCCCAAUUGGACCCUUACGUUGGAGGCCUCCGGAAAAGCCUACCUGCUGGAAUGGCACACUCUAUGCCACAAAUUUCAAAUCCAUGUGCGCCCAGAUACAGCCGGUGGGUGAGAAUGGCACCGUGAUGGGUUCAGAAGAUUGUCUGUAUGUCAAUGUAUGGACACCUGACCUGAACUACGACGCCAAGUUGCCUGUCAUGGUCUGGAUCCAUGGAGGCUACUUACAUGUAUUUAGUGGGUCAGAGCCUGGAUACAGCCCCACGGAAGAGCUUACUGAACACAGCCAGAUGGUCCAUGUCAGCUUCAACUAUCGUCUCAAUGCUUUUGGGUUUAUGGCGCUGAGUUUGUUGAGAGAUGGAUCCCCCACCAACACUAGUGGAAAUUACGGCUUCAUGGAUCAGGUGGCAGCUCUGCAGUGGGUAAAACAAAAUAUCAAAAGCUUUGGUGGAGAUCCAGACAAGGUGACAAUCUAUGGCCAGAGCUCAGGAGGCACUUCAGUCUGGGCUAUGAUGGUGUCACCACUUGCUAAAGGUCUGUUUCAUCGUGCAAUUGAUAUAAGUGGAUCCGCCGUGUUCACAGCCACAAUGGCAGAUGCAGAACGAGAUAAUCUCAUUUUCCUGAACAAGACUGGUUGCAAAGAUGCUGUCUGCCUCCGUCAGCUGACCGUUCCUAAAAUCCUUAAAUCUAUUCCAUGGUUCGAAUACCCAAACUGGGCAGCAGACGAUCUCUGUGACCUUCCACAAAAAGGGAAAUUUGCUGGGCCGGUGGCUGUGGUGGACGGUUAUGUGAUACCAGCUCCACCACUUGAAGUGUGGAAAAAGAAGCUAGAAGGAUACAGCGAUGUGCCCUAUGUAAUUGGCACUACCCUGCAAGAGACUGAAUAUGCCCCAGCUUUUACCAACAUUUCUAAGUGGUCAGAAGAGGAUUACCGUUGGUUUGUGAAAGUUCGACUAGACACUUUUGGAGGAGGCUUGACAAAAGAAGCACUGGAUUUAUACCCCACGUCGGAGUUUUGCUCCCAACCCAAGCGUUGUAUUGAGAAGACUUACAUGACGAUGGUGUCAGACUUGAGAGUAUCGUGCCCCAAUAAUGAGUUGGCCAAACAGGCUGCAGCUACACUGUCCAGUCCGGUUUAUCGCUAUGUGGUCACCUACACACCGUCUCGCCCAGCCAAGGUCAGUAGUCUCUUCUCCUAUGAGAGCUGGUUUGCAUUUCACGUUCUGGACACUCUUGCCAUUUUUGGAACCAUGGAUUAUGCUCUUGGAGAGACUUCUGAAGCUGAUCACAAAUUCCAAGAGUUGGUGAGAAAGUAUAUCCUUCAUUUUGCGAAAGAAGGAUCCAUGCCAUCUGAGUGGCCAGAGUAUCCCGAUACAACUGCUUUACUGUGCACAAAUCUAACCACAGCAAAGAACUAUCGUGCUGCACAGUGCGAUCUUUGGCACAAGAAUGACAUGUUCAAAUAUGCGUGGGUCAACUAAGUUGGCAUAGAUACCAUCAUGAAGCUUAGCAAACAUACCAUUUGCUGCUAAUCAAAGACUGUUGUGGAUCCAGGCAGUUAUUCUCUUCACACUAAACUGUUGUUCAAGGUUUGGGACUUACAAACUAAAGGGGGCUUUUUAUAGGGGAAAUGGUGGAAACCAGAUAUAAUUUCUUUCAUAAGGUGGUAAGAGUCCACAGUCCAUUACGCAUAGGGAUUAAAUUCCUGGCCAAGA